AAAGCCUGGGAUUACUGGAGCACUGUUUUCACUUCAACCUGCUGAUUCCAGAAAAACAGGAGAUUUUGAGGAGCUACGAAAGUUACUUUGAGGGAACUUUCUGGAUUCACUAUCUUCUUUUUUCAUGUCUGUUUUUUCAGCUUCAGACAAAAUGUUUUCUCAAACAGAGAGUGAUUUCUCCUGUCCUGUCUGUCAAGACAUCUUUAAAGAUCCAGUUGUUCUGUUAUGCAGUCACAGUUUCUGUAAAGACUGUCUGCCGAGGUGGUGGAGACAGAAACCAAUGCACGAGUGUCCGGUUUGUAAAGAAAUCUCUUUUCUGAGUAAUCCACCUCCUAACUUGGCUUUAAGGAACCUGUGUGAGGCCUUCUUACAGCAGAGAGCUCAGAAAGCUUCAGCAGAGGCUGAGGCCCUCUGCAGUCUGCACUCUGAGAAAUUAAGACUCUUCUGUCUCGACCAUCAUCAGCCAAUGUGUCUUGUCUGUCGAGAUUCAAAAGAACAUAACAACCACAAAUUCAGACCAAUUGAUGAAGCUGCAAAGGAUCACAGAGAGGAGAUACAGAAAUCUCUGAAACCCUUACAGGAUAAAAUGAAAAUAUUUGAAAAGGUGAAAGCAAACUGUGAUCAAACAGCAGAUCUUAUUAAGAUCCAGACACUUAACACAGUGACUCAGAUAAAGGAGCAGUUUAAGAAGCUUCACCAGUUUCUACAAGAAGAAGAGGACCACAGGAUCUCUGCUCUGAAGGAGGAAGAGAAACAGAAGAGUCAGAAGAUGAAGGAGAAGAUUAAGUCUCUGAACAGAGAGAGAGCAGCUCUGUCAGACACAAUCAGAGCCACAGAGGACGAGCUGAGAGCUGAUGACAUCUCAUUCCUGCAGAACUACAAGGCUGCAGUGAAAAGAGUCAAGCAGCUCCCCCUGCCGGAUGAUCCAGAACUGGUCUCAGGAGCUCUGAUAGACGAGGCCAAACACCUGGGCAACCUGAGCUUCAACAUCUGGAACAAGAUGAAAGAGUUUGUCUCCUACACUCCCGUGAUUCUGGAUCCAAACUCUGCUCAUCCACACCUCAUCCUGUCUGAAGAUCUGACUGGAGUGAGUCAUGGAGACAGACAGGAGCUUCCAGAUAAUCCAGAGAGGUUUGAUUUCUGCCCCUGUGUCCUGAGCUCUGAGGGCUUUGACUCUGGGAGUCACAGCUGGGAAGCUGAGGUUAUAAAUGAUAAAAACUGGGGAGUAGGUGUGAUACAGGAGUCUGUUCGAAAGAAGGGAGAAAUACAACGUGGCUGCUGGGCAUUGUGUUACUUAGAAGGACAAUACCGUACAUUCUCUCCACCGCUCCCUGACAGAGUUUUCUCAGUCAAAACGAAGCCACAGAGGAUCAGAGUUCAUCUGGACUUCAACAGAGGAAAUCUGUCAUUCUGGGAUCCUGAUACCAACACACUCCUACACACCUUCAGACAUACUUUCACUGAGAGACUGUUUCCAUAUGUUGGCACACAAAACAAACUCCCACUGAAGAUUUCACCACUAAAAGUCUCUGUAAGCGUGAAACAGCCCAGCCUCCACACAUUUUCAAGCUCAUUUCGUAAACUCUUCAGGUCUUAGGUUGGUAGCUCUUUGAUAUUUCCUUCUGAAGUUUAAAUUGAAUUGUGCACUCAGUAAUUUUCUAAGGUUAUUUGUUUGUUUGUUGUUUUUAGAUGAAAAUAAGAAUCUUGAAUUUG